CUGCCGGGAAUGGGGCGGCGUUCCGUCAUGGGGUGAGGGGGCGGAUGGCGGCGGCCGCGCUCCAGGUGGGAUCCGGGGCGGGCUGGGCACGGGCGGCGGCGGCGGCUCCCAGCCCCCUCAGCCCUCAAGGGCUCCGGGCGUCCCCUCACACUCCGGGUUUCCAGGAUGGAACAAAUGGUGUUUGGUAUUUCCUGCUUUGGACUGGGCAGACUGGAUUCAGAAAGCACAGGGGCUCAACACUGAGGGAGAGACCACAUUUGGAAUAAGGCUACCGGAAUAAGGCAUCUGCAGGGAAAAAAAAUGUCCUCCUAGUUGCAGGCCAAGUUUGAUUUUGAAUGCUGGUGUGCUUUUUAGAGGCAUGUUGCUGCGUCACCUCUGCACGAACUGGAUUCCUACACAGAUUAUAUGAACAAGUGACAAAACGAAGGACAAUGUGCAGUGUGUACCCUGAUAACAUUUGGUGUGCUGUGACACGGCUUUUGUCAUGGCAUCUGAGACUGAAAAGGCCCAUGCUCUUCUCCAGACGUUCAGCACAGCUUCAGUUAUUUCCAGUCUAGGUUUGGGGAUAUUCUGCUUUGUAGCAGACAGACUUCUGCAGUUUUCCUUCAUUCAGCAAAAUGACUGGCUCCGAGCCUUCUCCGAUAAUGCAGUGCAUGGUAUACUGGGAAUGUGGUCAUGGGCAAUAGUGAUUGGACUCAGGAAGAAAAGUGACUUCACUGAGGUCACUCUGGCUGGCUUCCUCGCCUCUGUCAUUGACGUGGACCACUUCUUUCUUGCUGGAUCCCUCUCUUUAAAGGCUGCUCUGACUCUUCCACGGAGACCACUUCUUCAUUGUACUACCGUGAUUCCUGUUGUGGCUCUGACAUUAAAGUUUAUUAUGCACCUUUUCAGGCUUAAGGACUCAUGGUGCUUUCUUCCCUGGAUGUUGUUCAUAUCCUGGACUUCUCAUCAUGUCCGUGACGGGAUUCGUCAUGGCCUCUGGAUCUGCCCAUUUGGAAAAACUCCGCCUUUGCCAUACUGGCUGUAUGUGGCAAUUACAGCAUCUUUACCUCAUCUUUGUUCAUUCAUCAUGUAUUUAACAGGCACUAGAGAAUUAAUGUCUAUAAAACAUGGAAUCCACAUUGAUGUGUAAGAAUGAUGGCUUUUAAAGGCUUUUUGUAUUAUCUCUUGAAAUAACCUGGCUGGCUGUCACUGAAGGGGUUUCUUCUGUUUCCUACACCUUCGAAGGUGGUACACCUUUCCUACACCUUAGCCAUUUUAAGGUUGUCGAGCCAGUUACAGCUGUGUCAAUUGCUUGUCACAGAACCUAUUUAAUGAAUGGUGACAUUCCUUUCCCUUGCAAAGCAUGUGAUCUCCCAUGAUAGCUCAUGUAUAGCUAGAUAAGUUCUUUGUCUGUCUAUGUAGUGGUUGCAUUACAGUCAUGCAUUUUACUGUCAUGGUGCCAUUCUUCUGAUCACCAUUCACUUUGGAUUUGUAUUUUGCCUUUAGACAAUACAUUUCAAUCUAGAUAGUAUUUGUAUAGAGCUUUAAAAAUGUGAAGUACUAUAUAAAUGCUAAGUAUUAUUGGGGAUUUAAUAGUAUAUGGCAGUUGUAAAAAAUAUGUUAGCCUUUAGAAUUUAUUUAUUUGUUAGAGCCCUGCUGAACUCCUAUAUUGGACUGUUUUGAAAGAAACAAUCUGUAUUUCACACUGUGCAGCUGUCUAUGCACCUCUUUGAACCCUGCUAUCAUGUAGUGUUUUAGUAAAUUCUAUUCCCCUAUAGUUGCUUGGUACUAAAUUUGCAGAUAAUUACUAGCUUUGCGGUUAGAAAAGAGAAGGCAGUUUGGUUAUAGUAUUAUGAUGUGCUGACCAAAUUGUUUUUAAUAUUUAAAAAUACACUAAUUAUGAAUACUAUUUAAUUUGAAACUAAAGACUUUUAGUAAAUAUUUAAGGGUUGUGUGAAGGCAAACAUUAUUACAGUAAAACAUAACCUUUAAGGAAGAUAGAAGAAAAUAAAAAUUGCUCAAAAUGUGGAUUUGCUUAAAGAGAUUACUACUGUACUUGUAAAUGGCAUUUUCCAGUAAGUGCAAUAUCAUCCUCAUGGUUGUAAAAUAAAAUGCAUUAUUAUUAUUAUUAUUAUACAGAAAUAUGAAUUUCCUCAUAAAUAAGUUCCUUGAGGAAAAUGUUAUUAUGCUGCAGGUUCAUGAAGUAGUAGUUUGCACUGUGGACUAUUCAGUUUUCAUUUAUAGAAUUUCUCAGAAAAAGUCUCAAAUUAAAAAUUGUCUGGUCUUGUCUAACUAGAUAAGACUGUCUAGACUCUUGUAGUUUAUGGGGUACAAGCUGAGAAUGUCUGUUAACAAUUUUUAAUUUUUUUAUUCAUGGAACUUCAUUGCCCAUUAAGGAAAUAGGGCCUUAACUACUCCAGUUUGUGAUGAAAAGCUGUCGAAAGGGAUUGUUUUUGUGGAAGAGCAUCUACAGGGUGGCAUGUGCUGACCUUAAGUUGCCAGGUUACCAAGGGGUGCCAGCGUUAGGUGAUGUGUUAAUACUGCAUUUACAUUUGUAAAUAUAUAUUAGUAUAAAGUACAAAAAAAGCCCCCAAGCAAAUUAUUAAUUGGGAUGGCUAGUUUAAUCAGUACCAGAGACUUUCUGUGGCUCUUUGCAGCACACUAUGCUAAUUAUGGAAAGCGUUUCACUCCUUUAAAAUGUGUCUUUCCAGCAGAAGAAUAGUCUCUGCGCUGUUUGUUCUUCAUGUUAGAAAUAUAUGCUAAUGCAAACUUGUCUGACAGUACAGUGGGUCUGUUUAGGCUUUAUUAUAAAAUGAAUAAAAGGUUUCUUUCUUGGAAAGAAGAUUGGAAGAGCAGAACAUUCCUUAAAGAGUUAUCCUCAUGCCUUGGAUUUCUGUCUCUUAUAGUUUUGCAGAAACAACGUAAGAAAUGUCUUGCUUUAGAGCCCUCAGAGCAAGAACUGUCUUUUAUCCAAAGGCAUGAUGGUUUACUAGAGAAGCACUGCUCAUUCAUUUACUUCUAUCAUGUAUUUUAAACUACAGGCUGUGAAUGCCAAUAAUGAAUAUAUUUAGUGCAAGGAGUGAACACUGAAGUCCAUGUAGAAAAUUUUCAAUAUUCUUGUUUCAUGGUAUAAUGUUUGUAUAAUUUUGUGCUUUAUCCAGAUUCAUUGCAAAGGGAAAUGCAUAUGGGAACAAAGUGGAGAAUUGCACUUUCUCACUUCUAGACUGUAGCUCUAGCAUUUUUGAUAACUAUGUGUCCACCAGUGGUCCUUAAGAUUGGUACUGUACUGUUCUAGAUAUUUUUAAGGAUCAAUUAAUGGGGAUGUCUUCAGUAGUUUAAAACCACAUAUUUUCAUUCUCUGUAUUUCUAGCUAUUUUUGUGUGAGUUUUUACAAUAAUUGUUAGCUGUAUUUCAAAAUACUGUUUUUUCUGGUCAUAUUCUUACACCAGUUCUAUGACAGCAGUGGGUGAACACCACUUAGAAAAGCGUAACAAGCACUUGUAACACAUGACUUCUUUUUCUCUCCUUCCAAACAGACAUGGCAGUCUCACACCUCAACCUGACAUUCAGGCAACUUUAGCUGACAUGGGCUUUUUACCUUUUCAAGGUAAACAGAGAUGUUGCAUGUAAUGCUGUAAUUUGUACAGAGACAGAGUGGAGUACAAAGGAGAACUAAAGUGUUUGUCUCACCUGUGUGUCACGGGCAGAGUGGGAGCUUCAGACAAAGUUUAUUAGAGAAGUCCCCCCCAUUGAGUCACAAGGUACACAAAGCACUCUCUUGCUUUCUAAACUCCUCAGAGAGGCAGCUGGGUGUGGCUGGAUCCAGUCUUAGUCCCAGACUUUGCCAAUGGUUUAAGUCUAAAGGAUCACACAUGUGGAAUUGAACCUUAAUACAGCUUUGUCCCACAGAAUUAAAAAUGGCAAUAUUUAUAUAAAAAUAAAUUAUUUAUUGUGAUAAUGAUUAGACUAAAAGAUCUUAGAAUUAUUUACUAGAGAGUUGGUAGCUGCAACUACUAGUAUAGUGCAGUAUUUUUGACACAGUAUUGACGUUAUUAAAGCAGUUCUAUUGAAGCAAUUACGUCAAAGCUAGCAAAAGCAAUUAUUAAGUAGAGAUUGAUGUUACUCAGCCCUACCAAUGACCGUGAGCAAAUCUUGUUCUCUCAGCCUUGAAGAGUAACCUUGAGGGCCAUCCCCACUACAGGGAGGAAUUUUCACACACGGUCCAGAAAGGGGGAUGUUACAAGGUCCUCCAAUUAAAAAGUGGGACUGGGCCGUAUGUUUCCAGGUCAGCUAUGUCAGCUCAGCAUCUUUAGAUCAGUUUAUCAGUGGUAUUACUGGGUUGUCCUUUAUCAGGUACUUCAGCAGGUCUACCACAGCUUCACCUCACUAUCAGGAUAUUUAACUCUGGGAGUGAUGAGUCAGGCUAGUUUCAACAUUAUUCCACAUGAAAAGCAGCAGGACAGCCUGCUUCUCCAUUCACUGGUAGCUUUGCAAAGAGGGCAUUGUUGGAGUUGUUUUACCUCCACUCCAGGCAGAGCAUCCUGCUACACCAUGUCACCUGGGAGAUACACCUGCCUGUUACAGGUGAAUUGCCCAACAACUGCUUACCAAUAUUUCAUGUACAUUUCAAAUUCACUGGUAUUUUUCAACUAUGCAUUGAUGCUUGCCAUGUGUAGCAAAACCAUGACAAAAAUAAAGCAAGAUGCUAAAAACAUAAUGACUUUGUGCUUUACUUCAUUUGUUGCUACAGAGGGUAAAUAUGGAUGUGAAAAAGCAUGUGAAUCACACAAAAGAUGAAUCACAAACUCAAGCUCAUGAUUUUGUGCAUAACAUGAUAUAUAUCACUAAAAUACUAGGUAUUUCAGUGGUUCAUUUAGUAUGCCAAUCUAAACUUUUUCCAUUUCCACUUUUAUUUUCAAGUUGAACUUAAAAAGUUGAAGUAAGUGUGGGGUUUUCCUGACCUACUUUUUUUCUGUUGGAAUUGUGCUGCUUUUGUUCCUGCUUUAAUGUAUUGCUGCUGUAAUAAACAGGUACUAAUAAUUGCCAAGUUAAAGGAAAACUUCUGGAAUGUUUCUUCUCCCCAGUCUUGUAGAAAUAAGAUAAAAUUUCUCCUAAUUCCCUAGUGACCAUAACAGAACAAGUGAACACAUUUCCUAUCAGUUUGUAUUGUAGUUUAAAAUGUAAUCAGUCUUUUCACCUAACUACUGGUGCUGCUCUUUUCUACAGUGAAUUAUAUUGUAUCAUGUACCUUUAAUUAGUUAUUGAUAAGUGAAUUGUUCAUAACUGGGGCCAUAUCCCAAGGAAAAUGCUGGCAAGUUUGAAUUAAACUGAAAUAAUUUUUACAGCA